AUGCGUUAUCAACCCCGUCUUCGAGAUGGAAAGGUCGUGCCCUUACAUUGGCCGUUGGCCAUGUACCGUCGCUUGAAUCAUAUUAUCUGGCCACUAGAGGAUGGAACAAGUGAGCGAGCUGUGUUUAUAGAGAAAGUUGUACUCUUUGUGGGAUUUCUGAUUUUCUGUCAGCACAACGAGGUGGACUUUCAUUAUUUGUUAGCCAAUCGCCAUGAUAUUGAUAAAAUGCUCACAGGAGCACCAACUUUUCUGGUUCUGCUUGAGAUUCAGAUACGUGGCUUCCAGUUGGCAAUCAGAAAGGAUGACUUCAAGCGCUUGUUACAGAAAUUCUAUGCAGACAUCUAUGUAACUCAGGAAUCGGAACCAGUUUUAUACGCCCGUAUUCAAAAAUGGCUACUGGCCACACGUCUCAACUCAAUGGUUUAUCUAUUGGCCUUGUUGAACUUUAGUGUGGUGCCUGUGAAGAAUAUCAUCUAUCACAGGAGAGAAAUGCUCUAUCAGCAGGUUUAUUUAUUCGAUAACACCAAGUUGUACUUCUUUCUGCCUCUGAUCUGUUUGAACUAUUGGAUUGGCAUCAUCAUUACCACAAUGCUCUUUGGCGAACUGAAUGUCAUAGGCGAACUAAUGAUGCAUCUAAAUGCUCGUUUUGUCAUCUUAAAAUCUGAUUUGAGCCAGGUCGUCACACGUUUGCUGGAAGUGGAGAAUUCUUCGGAGAUUGCAGCCAAAUAUCGGAGAGCUCUCAUUAACAUUAUGCGUCGGAAUGUUGCACUGAAUCUUUUCGGCGAACAGAUGGAAAGGGAAUUCACUUUUCGUAUCUUCACCAUGUUUAGCUUCAGCGCCAUUCUCCUCUGCAUUAUGGGAUUUAAAGCGUAUACAAAUCCCAUUGGUAACAUCGUCUAUAUCAUUUGGUUUAUAGCCAAGUUCUGUGAGUUGCUGGCCUUUGGAAUGCUGGGAUCGAUUCUCUAUACAACGACUGAUGACUUGAGUGUCAUGUACUACAGUUGUAAGUGGGAACAGGUUAUCUAUCAUUCGAACAAUGUGCAAGAAAAUGUGUUACUUAUGAAACUCGUCUCACAGGCAAUUCAGAUUAACUCGCGCCCAUUUUUCCUCACUGGUUUAAAAUAUUUUAGAGUCACUUUGGUUGCUGUACUUAAGAUUAUUCAAGGUGCAUUCUCUUACUUUACUUUCCUAACGUCGAUUCGAUGA